AAUCUGGCACCAUCCCACCGUAAUCAGACUCAAAUUUUUCUAUUUUUUUUUUUUUUAAAUCCUCUCGCUGGCUGGUGAGAGUUUGCCCACCCAAAACAAGAUUUAUCCCGUUUUUUUUUUUUGGCCACACGUCUUUUUUGUCCAAACCUCCACCGAUAAAGUCCACUCAGUUCGGCUAUUCAAAGCAACUCCCGACUUCUUGCCAGCAGCCAUCUCCCCAAACCUCAUGCUGUUCAUGUCAUGAAUCCAUCAAUGACCUCAUUACAGGAUUCACCAGAGGAAUCUCACACUUACAUUGGUGUGGUGGUGUCGGUUUGCGGCAAUAUUUUAAUAUCAGUGGCUCUAAAUUUACAAAAAUACGCUCACAACAAGUUGCAAGAAAGUACAAAUUCGAUUUCAGACUCCAAUGGAACCCUUCCCUAUUCUUCACCCCAUAUACCUAAUGAUGACGGUUCCUUUGCCAACCAAAAGUCGAUUCCCGAAGAAGAUAGUACAGAUUAUUUGAAGUCAAAGCUGUGGUGGGCCGGCAUCUCGCUCAUGGUGAUAGGAGAAAUUGGUAACUUUGUUGCCUAUGGGUUUGCACCAGCUUCCACUAUAGCACCCUUAGGAACCACCACCCUUGUUUUCAAUGUAAUAUUAGCUCCCCUUUUGUUGAAGGAGCGGUUUCGAUUCCGUGAUAUCUUGGGUGUCAUGUUUGCGGUCUUCGGAGCUACCAUCGUUGUACUCUCUUCUAAGCGUGAAGAAAUUAAGUUAUCCCCGGACCUUGUCGUCGAAUAUUUGACCAGCAUGGAGGCUAUCAUCUACUAUUCUAUUACUGGUGGUCUCAUACUGAUAUUAACAGUACUAUCGCCACGAUGGGGUUCAAAAAGCAUCCUGAUUGAUCUUGGUUUAGUGGCUCUGUACGGAGCGUACACUGUCUUGUCAACUAAAAGCGUAUCAUCUUUACUCAGCUUAACAUUUUAUAAAAUGUUCACAUAUCCUGUAUCAUAUGUCCUACUUUUUGUAUUGGUAUCGACGGCCGUUAUCCAAAUCAAAUAUCUGAACAAAGCUCUGCAAAGAUUCGACGCAACAGCCGUUAUUCCCACUCAAUUCGUACUUUUUACCGUAUCAGCUAUUAUCGGUAGUGCAGUUUUAUAUCGAGAUUUCGACGAUGUCUACGCUGAACAAUUUGUGCACUUUGUUUUUGGCUGCAUUAUAGAGUUCCUUGGCGUUUACCUCAUUACCGCGAACAGGAGAAACAGUGAUAUCAAGAUUGCUGGUGAUGAGUCUACCAUGUCAAGCCAUGGAGGACGUUCUCGUACUUCGUCUAUUCAGUCAGAGCAUGAGCAAGAUAUCGAGAGUGCAGGAGACCAUGACACAGAUACAUUGUACAGCCAUGUGGACAUGCCCGUAACGGAUACCACGCCAUUACUGGUCAACCGGAGUCAAGACAAGCACAAAACCGACGACCAUGUGCAUGGAAGCGAUCGGUACCGACGAAGCUCCGUCUUUCGGGGCAUCUCUCUUGUCAGCCAAUUGGCUGGCAUGGGCGACAAUAGCUAUGAGAGUUCUAGCCACUUGUCUUCCUCCGUAUCUUCCAAACGUGAUAAGGCUUUACACACCGUCCAAAACACGGUCGGCCAUAUCCUGGGAGGCAUCAUACCCGCUGCAAAGCACCAUUUCCAUGAUGACGAAGUCCUUGCAACCUCCAUGGAAAGGAACAGCUCAGUUCCAAUGGCCAUACCACAGUUCCUCAAUGAAGAACGCAAUGCAGAACAAGAUGAGCCUUUUGUUCUAUCCGAUGAUGAUGUUGACCCAGUCGACAGCCGUGGUGGUAUCAAGUUACGCCGGAGCUCAACUUCGCUUCGUCGUAAGCGAGAUGAUGAACAAUUGUGAUAUAGGAACCUGUAUUUUUAAUUUCGUUCGCUAUCUUCAUUAAUUACGUUUGCUUAAUAUGCUCUUUUCCGUUAAUACACUUCCUGUUCAUUCUGAAAACC